CCUCUACUCUCCCUCGUAGCCUCAGGCCAUGUCCAAACUGCCUACAAGGCGGGCAGCCGAGUUGUCAAUGGGGAAGACGCAGACCCCGAAAGCUGGCCCUGGCAGAUCUCCCUACAGUAUAAGAGUAACGGAGCCUUCUCCCACACCUGUGGCGGCACCCUCAUCGCCAAGGACUGGGUUAUGACCGCGGGUCACUGCAUCUCGACCGACAAGACCUACCAGGUGGUGUUGGGCGAUUAUGACCUGUCUGUGAACGAGGGUACUGAGCAGGUGAUCUCCAUCAACCGUAAGGACCUCUUCGUGCACCCCCGCUGGAACUCCAACUGCGUGGCCUGUGGCAAUGACAUCGCCCUCAUCAAGCUCUCAAGCAGCGCCAAGCUGGGAGAUGCCGUCCAGGUUGCCGUCCUUCCCCCGGCUGGUGACAUCCUGCCCAACGAUGAGCCCUGCUACAUCACCGGCUGGGGCCGUCUCUCUACCAGUGGGGAGCUCCCUUGCAACCUGCAGCAGGCUCUGCUGCCCGUGGUGGACUAUGAGCACUGCUCCAACUCGUCCUGGUGGGGCUCCACCGUGAAGACGACGAUGGUGUGUGCCGGUGGGGACACCAGCUCCGGCUGCUUUGGUGACUCUGGAGGACCCCUCAACUGCCCCGCGACAGGUAACACCUGGGAGGUCCACGGUGUGACCAGCUUUGUUUCUUCCCUCGGCUGUAACACCCUCAAGAAGCCCACGGUGUUCACGCGUGUCUCGGCCUUCAUUCACUGGAUCUGGAUGACCAUAGCGAACAACUAG